AUGCUCUCCAACACUAGCUCUGACUUCGAGUUGAUUGUCCGCCAACAGCCGGAGCGAGCGCGCGUGGCCGGGGGCAAGGAGAAGGAGCGCAAGCCAGUUGAUCCGCCACCAGUCAUUCAGCUCAAAGUUUCCCAAGAGAACACUUAUCUAGCCCACUUAUACCACGCCACCGAGGAUCACCCUGUGCACUCCAGUCAACCCUCCACCGCUUUGGCGGGAACUCUCGUAUCUUCACUGCAUCGGUUGAAGGACAGUGACAAUACUGAUGGAGGAUUUUUUGUCUUUGGGGACUUGUCCAUCAAGAUCGAAGGUGAUUUUAGACUACAGUUCACUCUUUUUGAGAUGCAAAAGGACAAUGUCGUGGCAUUAAAGUCAAUCAUUUCCAACUCCUUUCAAGUUAUGACGCCAAAGAAUUUUCCGGGAAUGUCAGAAUCCACACAUCUUUCGCGGUCGUUUGCAGAUCAAGGAGUGAAGCUGAGAAUUCGCAAAGAAGCUCGAAAUACAAUGAAACGGGCAGGUGCAAGCAGACAUGAAGAAUAUGCUCCAAGCUUACCGCGCUCCCCUGACCGCACAGCCGUACCGCAAAUACUCGGUGGUGGUUUUCCAGGCUAUCCUCAACCUAAUUAUUACACACCUGCGCCCGCUCCUAAGCGUGUUCGCACUUCGAUAGAUAUGGAUUCAAGAGCCGUCUUUGAACCGGAUGCGCGCUUUGCACCUACUUACCAACCAACCACUAUGUACCCGAAUCAGCCGGGAGGUUAUCAAAAUCCAAUGGGAUUUGCAUAUACCGGACAACAACAAGUAACAAUGCCGGAAUACGGCGUUCGACCGCCACAGCAAUUAACGAGCACGAACUCGUCAUACCCCAACCAGGAGGAUCAGAUGCUGGCCAUGAGAUCCUUUGGCGGACCAGGAGGUUACAUAAAUUCACAGCGAUACCCUGCUUGA